AUGGUGCGCCAGGCGACACUGGAUAACACUGCGAACAUGCGAUCCAGUUCCAGGCUUUCGAACUCGAGCAAUCUCUCCGUAACCAUCAUCAGCUCUUCCAUUCUCUCGAUCUCCACCAAGAGGCAGUACAAGGGGUCUCUUUCAUCUAGCCUUCUUUAUCUACAACAAGACGUCGCCAGCCGCGAUACGCUCUGGACCUGUGUUCAACAAUACCAGCGCGGUGGACAGAUACUUGAGGAUCAAUACGAUGCUAUCGACACGUCUCCUCCCCGCCCUGUGGACUUGGGAGCGGAAAAUGUGGAACUGAUGUAG